CUCUCUCUCUCUCUCUCUCCAUAUAGAUUUGUAUACGUAAUACGAUUUUCUUCAAAUCGUCAUAUUGGUAUCUAAGUUAAUUUCGUAAUGUAUUCAUGUCUUUUGGGGAUCAAUCUUGUUCGAUUUUGAUGCGCUAAGACUGUUCAAAGGUAAAUUUUUGCUCUGGGAUUUGGAUGAUGCAAUUCACGGUUGUGUGAAUUCUGGUUAGGUGAUCCGUAAAACCCUAGCUGGAUCUCUCCUGUUUUUAAUCUGAUAUAUAUCAAUUUAGGGUUUUUUCUAGAUUUAUUAGGAGUUCUUGUUCCGGAUCUAUAACGUGGUUCUGAACCCAAUUGGGAUCGAGAGAGGUUUUUUAGGUUAGGUUUUGACUGGUAUAGAUGGCUUCAAAUCCUCCAUUUCAGGUGGAGGAUACUGACGAAGAUUUCUUUGAUAAAUUGGUCGAUGAUGACGAUGAUGAUUAUAAGGUCACUCCAUUAUCCUCAGAAACGACCAAAUUAGCUGAUGGGAACGAUUCUGAUGAUGCUAAAGCUUUUGCUAAUUUAGGUAUCAGUGAUGUUGGCACUGGACUCGAAGAUUUGGGGAAAGUAGGUGAAGCUUGUUCUUCCAUUGAUGGGGAUACCAAACAUGCGUCAACUGACACUUUUUUAGACCAUGGUCGUCCGUUGGUUUCUUCAAAUUCAUUUGCAUUUGAUAGCGUGAGUGAAGAACCCAAUACUGAGGUAGCUGGUUUGGAGGAGCCUUUGGAUUCUACAGCUAGUUGGGAUCAUGGAUCUGGAGGUGGUCCUGGUGUUAAGGAGGUGCAGUGGGCAGCUUUUGCUACUGAACCUGCUGAGAAUGAUGGUAAUGGGUUUGGAUCCUACAAUGAUUUUUUCACUGAAUUUGGAGAUAGUUCUGUGGAUCAAAUAGGGAAAGGAGGUAACUUGGUUAGUCGGGAACAGAAUGUUGUUAUGUCAGGAAGCAGCAAUGUAGUAGAUGAUUCCAUGCAUAGGAAGAAUGUUAAUGAUUACUCAAAUCAAUUUCAAGACGUCCAGACUUAUGCUUCGGCUGGGGAACAAAGUACAGAGGUCCAAGCUUAUGCUACAACUGGGGAACAAAGUACAGAUGGUCAAGAUCAAGAUCCAAACAGCAGCCAGUACUGGGAGAAUCUUUAUCCAGGAUGGAAGUAUGAUGCAAACACUGGGCAAUGGUAUCAAGUAAAUGAAGGUUAUGAUGAUGUACAAGGGGCUCAUGAUCCAAGUACUACUUCUGAGUGGACAGAGAAACCAGAGGUUUCUUAUUUGCAGCAACAAACAGUCCAAUCUGCUGUGGAGGCUGUAGCAGAGAAAGGCACGACUGGAAGUGUCACAACUUGGAAUCAAACUAAUGAGAGUUUAUCAUGGGAUGAGGCUUCACAAGAAAACAAUGGGUAUCCAUCAAAUAUGGUUUUCGAUCCCCAAUACCCUGGUUGGUAUUAUGACAUGAACACUCAAGAAUGGUGCUCUUUGGAUGCAUAUAAUUCUCAAACACAGGAGCAGGUGAACCAAAAUGGGUAUUCUGCAACUAGUACUUAUUAUGGUGGGCAGGAUCAGACAAAGAAGCAGUUACAGGUAGGAUCUGAAGGACAAGAUUACAAGUGGAAAGGGUCUUUGAGUAAUGUUGAACAGCAAAUGUGGCAACCUGCCCAGAACCAGGUUAAUCAAAAUGGGUUUUCUGCAACUGCAACUAACACUUACUAUGGGAAUGAUGAGAAAACGUUGGGAUCUCAAGUUUUUAGUAGUCAAGGACAAGAAUACAAGUGGAAUGGGUCUUAUAGUAAUGUUGAGCAACAAGGAUCAAGUAUGUGGCAGCCUGAUACUGUUGCCAAGAGUAGUGGUCCUAUGUCAGAUCCUACAGGCAACCAAAAUUCCCAUGGCACUAGUGAGUUCCCUGCCAUUUCUGGAGCCCAAUCCUUUGUUCCAAGUGGAAACUUUAACCAGACCACAUUCAAGCAAGGCGAGAUGAUGAAUAUCCCAAAAACCUAUGGCAGUAUGAACCAAUCAGGUUCAGGUUAUUCCCAACAAGUACAACCAUUUCACAGUGGUGGUCAGCAAGCAGGAAGGUCAUCAGCUGGCCGCCCUCCUCAUGCUUUGGUUACUUUUGGUUUUGGUGGAAAGCUAAUUGUGAUGAAAGACAAUGCUGCUGCUGCCCUCAUGAACACAUCCUAUGGAAGCCAGGAUUCAAAUGGUAGGUCAAUUUGUAUUCAUAGCAUGGCAGAAAUUUCCAGUGAUGUGUCGAGCAGUGGAGCAGAUUACUUUCAAAGUCUAGGUCGGCAGUCAUUUCCUGGUCCACUGGCUGGUGGAAAUGUUGGGGGUAAAGAGCUGAGUAAAUGGAUUGAUGAGAGGAUCACACACUCUGAAUCUUCUAACAUCAAUUACAGGGAUAGUCAAGUUCUGAGGCUGCUCCUUUCUUUACUCAAAAUAGCUUCGCAGCAUUAUGGGAAAUUGCGUUCUCCUUUUGGUACCGACUCCACAUCAAAGGAAAAUGAUGCUCCAGAAGUUGCUGUUGCUAGACUGUUUGCAUCUGUGAAGAAGAGCGGUGCAGAAUUCAAUUAUGGCCACUUCACCCACUGCCUGCAGCAAUUACCUUCGGAAAGAGAGACUCAGGCAACAGCCUCUGAAGUCCAAACUCUGCUGGUUUCUGGUAAAAAAAUAGAGGCUCUUCAAUGUGCACAAGAGGGUCAACUCUGGGGGCCAGCACUUGUUCUUGCUGCACAACUUGGUGAUCAGUUUUAUGUGGAUACUGUUAGAAAAAUGGCUCUUGGUCAUUUAGUAGCAGGGUCACCUUUGCGGACGUUGUGCCUACUUAUUGCGGGUCAACCUGCAGAUGCAUUUUCAACGGAGACUACUGGUGCUGUAAAUAUGUCUCAACAGGCUGAAGGUGGUGGUAAUUGUAUGAUUGAAGACUGGGAAGAGAAUUUGGCAGUGAUUACGGCUAACAGAACCAAAGAUGAUGAACUUGUCCUUAUCCAUCUUGGUGAUUGUUUGUGGAAGGAGAGGAGUAAUAUUAUGGCGGCACACAUUUGCUACUUAGUAGCAGAAGCAAACUUUGAGGCGUAUUCAGACACCGCUAGACUGUGUCUGAUCGGUGCUGAUCACUGGAAACAUCCCAGGACAUAUGCGAGUCCAGAAGCGAUUCAGAGAACUGAGGUGUAUGAAUAUGCAAAACUUCUGGGGAAUUCUCAGUUCACCCUGCUACCAUUUCAACCAUACAAGCUUGUAUAUGCUCACAUGUUGGCUGAAGUUGGAAGAGUGUCCGACGCAUUAAAGUACUGCCAGUCAGUAUCAAAAUCUUUAAAAACAGGACGAGCUCCUGAGGUAGAAUUAUGGAGACAAUUGGUUUCGUCUUUAGAGGACAGGAUAAAAACUCACCAACAGGGUGGAUUCUCUACAAACUUAGCUCCUGGUAAAUUAGUUGGUAAGCUGCUCAACCUUUUUGAUAGCACGGCACAUCGUGUAGUUGGGGGGCUGCCGCCACCUGUACCAUCAACAUCAGGUGGAGGUUUCGACCAUCAUCAUCAUCAUCAUCAGCAUCAGCCACCAUCACGGGGGGUAUCAACCAGUCAAUCAACAAUGGCAAUGUCGUCAUUAGUGGCGUCUGCAUCAAUGGAUCAGUGGUCAGACGACGGAAACAACAGAAAGAUAAUUCACAAUAGAAGUGUUUCAGAACCCGACUUCGGUCGAUCUCCUAGGCAGCAGCUUCAGGGUGGUGCUGACACAUCAUCAUCUUCAAAGGAAAACUCUGCUGAUUCACAAACUAAAUCAUCAUCUGCAUCUGCAUCUGCAUCUGCAUCUGGGAUGGGGAUUACUUCACGUUUUGGUCGCUUCGGUUUUGGAUCCCAGCUCUUUCAAAAGACCGUGGGAUUGGUUCUAAAGCCACGUGGUGGUGACAAACAGGCGAAAUUGGGCGAUACAAAUAAGUUUUAUUAUGACGAGAAACUUAAGAGAUGGGUAGAAGAAGGUGUUGAUCCGCCAGCAGAGGAAGCAGCCCUUCCACCACCACCAACAAUGGCAGCCUUCCAGAAUGGAACACCAGAAUACAACUUAAAGACUGCUUUAAAGAGUGAAGGCUCUCACUCUCACCUAAGCAAUGGGAGCUCAGAUUUCACAAGCCCAAUGCCCAUGCCCAUGGGAGGACACACUUCAGGAAUUCCACCACUUCCUGCCACCACCACCACCACCACCACCACCUCCAAUCAGUUCUCUGCACGUGGAAGGACUGGCGUUCGUGCAAGGUAUGUUGACACUUUCAACCAAGGUGGUGGAAACCCUACCAACUUGUUCCAGUCACCACCUCCUGCUUCAAACAUCAAACAAACUACAAACCCAAACCCAAACCCUAAGUUCUUUGUUCCCACAGCUUCAGCAUCAGCAUCAGCAGCCCAACAGUCAGUUGAGCCCUCUUCUGUUGAUACCACACAAACACAACCAAUAAUUCCUGAUUCCUUUUCUUCUGUAAACAACUACUCCUCAUUCCAAUCUUUUCCAAAUCCAUCUUCCAUGAAUGUGAUGGCCAAGCACAAGUUUGCAAGCAUGGAUAAUGUUUCAGAAGCCGGAACAGCAAAAUUCGCAAAUCAUGCCAUGUCACCUGCCUCACGAAGAACAGCUUCAUGGGGUUCUUUCUCAGACCAGGCCCAGAAACCAUCAUCAUUCAUGCCCAUGCCAAUGCCACGGGAAUCUGGUAUGAUGCAGUCCCACUCAUCCUCACAUAUCAUAGAUGAUGAGCUUCAGGAGGUGGAUCUUUAAGGGUGUAAAUAUACAUAUCUAUAUAUCUAUUACCCAACUUGGAGAUGUUUGUUAUAAAGAAAGAGACAGAGAGAGAGCAACAAGGUUAAGUUUUUUUUUUUUUUUUAUUAUAUAUAUUUUUUUAUUAUAAGGAUUUGUAUGUUGGAAGUGCAUGCAUCAUAUCAUGUACUUAGUUGUUUACUUGUACUUGUAGCGAGUGAUUGAAGUGAUAGGUUUUGUUAAAUUUUGGAGUGGUGGUUUGGUUUCUGCCUUGAUAACACCAGAAAGAAGGGAGACGGACCACCGCUGUACAUUACAGUAAGUACAUUACAGUUAAAACUUAAAAUUCCCUCCCUCCAGUUUCAAAUACUUCUUGGGGAAUCAAUCUGAUCCUAGCUAGUGUGCAAUAGUUUUUUUUCUUCUUUACUUUAUAUUUAUAUCACGUAGGGAUUUUGUGUUGCUUUUACAAAAUCUAGCAAAAGGUUAAUCACAAC